AUCCUAUCGCUAGUCAGGUUAUUAGUGAUGAUUCUAAGCUAGUAAAGGAUUUGCCAAAAAAAAUAAGGAUCUUUAUGAAACCGGCUCGUAAUAUGAUACCCAAGUCAUUACUAUCAAUCGUUCGAGAAACAUGUGAAGAAUUUGUGUUGUGUUAUAACGAACAUCAGAUGGAGGAGAUGGAGGUCUUACCAGAAAAAUUGGAAAAUGAUAAAUCUUGGAAAGAGGGAUGUGAAACUCUCGAGAAAAUGACAAAAGGAAUCCUCAGUGUCUUGAAUGAUGCAUGGGAUAAUCCAGCAUUUAGCCCAGAAUUCGUAGAAUCGCAGAAUCUUCCUUUUGGGAAGUCUUCAUAUGUUAGCACCGCAGAGAAACAGAGCAUUGCUAUUGCCGAUCGAAGAGGCGAAGGGCAUUUUGGAAGACGGCCAGAUUGUGCACCGAAUGUAAAAAAAAUAAAUGAUAGCACUAAGUUGUGGAGAGAAACUAGCGACGGAAUUUUUUGGACCCGCAAAAAAUGUUAUCCAGAAAAGGAUAAAUUUGGGAUAAUUGGAAUUCAAGUAGCUGGAUGUGAAUGUACUUAUCAGGGAUUCGGGCGAUAUACACAGAUAUUUUCAUCUUAA